AUGACAAGACCAAUCGAGAUCGUAGUCAAUCCGGCGUCGGGUUCCAAGCUCGGCCUCGCUUUAGCAGAAGAGCACGUCAAGCCUCUUCUCAUCUCAGCUCUCGGCUCUUCGGACGCAAGCAAUGUCCGAAUACGGCAGACGGAGAGCGAAGGUGACGGGAUCAGGAUCGGCGACGAGAUCGCUCGCGACUAUCUGGCUCCUGUUUCGGGCGAUGGCGUGGAGCCCGAGGUAGACAUCGUCGUGAUUGGAGGUGACGGUACAACGCACGAGCUUCUCAACGGCAUCUUCUUGCAGCAAGAUGGACAGGACGUCGACCCGAGAAGGAAACGCAAGAAGGAAUCGUUAGGCUUCAGACUGGCGAUUGUACCUGGCGGCACGGCCAACGCCCUCUACUCGGCAAUGUAUCCGGGCGCGUGGACGCAAGAGGUCCAGCAGCAAGUGGCCGCAGCCGAAACUGUCCAUGAACUGAAUGCAGAGGUGCUUGAAGUGAUGCUCAAGAGUAUUCGCUUGCUCGCCUCGUCGCUCCCCUCGAAAGCAGCUGAUGCAGAGGAGCAACUAGUGCCGCUGCCGAUGAUGCUCAACUUCUUCCCCGAGACGAAAAAGUCAUCGAUCAGCCAUCUGGUCACAUCACACGCUCUGCAUGCCGCCAUCUUGCACGAUGCAGAUACGCCGGAGAUGCGAACGAAGCACAAGGGGAUUGAACGGUUCAAAGCUGCUGCUCAGAUGAACGCGACUCGGUGGACGCACGGUUCUGUCGCUCUCGCACCAGGAUCAUCUCAGACGGGCGGCGGUGCCGUUUUGCGAUACUCGACAAGGACUCGGAAGUUCGAGCCCGUGCCUGAAUCUGGGUCGACGCUGGCUGGUCCUUUCCUGUACCUCAACGCCAUGGUGACGGAUCGAUUGGAGUCUGCGUUCAUCCCGGCUCCUCUCUCUUCCGCAUUCUCCCACUCGGAUCGCCUGCCGUCAUCAUCGAUCGACGUCGUCGCGAUACGCCCACUCAGGGAUCCAACAAUCUCGAGGGAUCAGGGCGAUGAAAAGACAGCAGGUGUCCAUUUCGCCACCACUCGACUGGGCGAGAUCACCGCCGGCAUGUACAACGGCGGCAAGCACAUCGAUCUUACUUACUCGGAGGCGGAAGAUGAACCGAUGGUCGAGUACUUUCGCUGUCAAGGGUUCGGCUUCCUGCCGGAUGUCGAAGGACUGGACGAGGAAGGCGCGAAGAAGUGCAAGCUGGCGUGUACCGACGGCUUCAUCUCCUCGCCUGGUCAGUCCACGGUGAUGAGAUGGGAGGAGGGUCUGAAGCUACCGGCCCUCAAACGAGGACUCAAGACGCCGCUUGUAUGGCGCUAG